CUGACCCUUUUAGUUUCACUUUCUUAUUAUAAGAAUUCAGUGAGUUCAGAGAAUAUUUCAAGAGUGAAAGUAGAUGCUUCGACAGACACGGUACAGAAGCAGAAUUACAUUGAAGAUCAGAUGAUCUUUGUGAGGCUCUGCAGCGUCAAUUAAAAUUGGAAAUGAGCAACAAGGUAAACUGUCUGCCACCUGCAGAUGCAGAUGCACCCCAAGAUGCGACUAACGAGGCUACUGAUGAGGCUAGUAACGACGACACUGAAUUUAACAACCUUACAAGAGCAGAUGGAAACCAUCCCACAGCCCCCAAGAAUGUUGAACAUGAAAGCAAAACUGAAGAGAAAAAUAGCACUACUGCUCCAGAGAUGACCAACCAGCCAUGCCCAUCUGCAGCACAAACACCUGCAGAUGCUGUUAACGAUGCUGAUGAACGUCCUCCAGGUCUCAAGAACUAUGUGAUUGCAAAGCAACUUAAACAGCAGGACUAUCCAACAAGGUCGACGAUGGACAAAUUCUUCACUGUUGUGAUUGGGAAUACUCUGGGGUCUCAUGAGAAAUUAAUUCAUCGUCUCGCUGCCAAAAAACACUUAACUGUAGUGACAUCACUAGAGGAGUGUGAUGUCAUCCUGGCUUUCUGUCCUCUUGUCUCUCGUGCUGGGACUGAUAUUGAAGCAGCACUGGAGCAGAUUCCAGCUGGUAAACCUGUCAUCCUGGUAGUGCUGCAUCACACCUUCGAUCCAGACUCCACUGUAUCUAACAGUAGCAGACUAGUGACCAGAGGUGAUGUAAUACUCACAGUGGACUGUCUCUUCCAUGAGAACCAGGGACUACUGGAGUGUCCUCGCAAUGAAUCAGUGUUAAAAGACAUUUUGAAGAAGCUUGACAUACUUCCUGAGACUAAAAAGAAAGCAGGAGCCAAUAGGGCUCAGGAGUGGCAAACUGUACAGCCAAUGGAGACAGGCCUUUGGGACAUUUUCCUCAACAACUACUGUUGCUGUUUUCUACACUCAAGAUUAUGUCCUACAGAGGGCCAGAACACUCCCCUUAUCCAAGAUGAGAGGACAGGGGCCCAUCAUACAAUUGAAAAGGGGGAAUAGACACAUGAAUCUCAAUCAUCACUAUAACAUGUCGUGGUAUAUGCUCUUUCCAAGCCGUGUUCCUGUAUAUUUACUUUAUGUGUAGGCCGCGGAUACAGCAUCAAACAAAAACAAGAAAUGUGUGCUUAAAAUACAAUUUAUACAUUGAUAAUGACUGAGAUGGUUAUACCUGUGAUAAAACAAUAUAUGCAAUAGUAUAAACUGGGUAGUUUGGCUCCUGGAUGAAGAUUAGCUGAAAACUGUUGUAUAUGAGACAUUUGUGCCACGUUCACGUGCUGGUCGGAACUCAGAAAUGUCAGUUUGCUAACUGGUUGAAUACAACCAGUUAGCAAGUCGAAAAUGUCCAAGUUUCUUAGUUCUGACUAGCACAUGAACACUGCCUAUAAACCUGGUAGUCUAGGUCCUGGAUGCUGAUUUGUUGAAAGCUGCGGUAUAUCAGACAAUAUACCAUGGGUAUGACGUAGAAUUACUUGUUUACUGUUCUAAUUAUGUCGGUAACCAUUUUAUAAUGGCAAUAUUGCACCUUGAGGGUUUGUGGUAUAUGGCCAAUAUACCACGGCUAAAUCAAAUCAAAUCAAAUCAAAUAUGGCCAAUAUACCACGGCUAAGGGCUGUAUCCAGGCACUCCACUUUGCUCUGUGCAUAAAAACAGCCCUCAUGCUUUGUUCGUGACCAAGUUGGGAUUGACCACAUAUGACUGGGAAAAAUCCACCUGAACGGCCCUCCAACUGGUCAUUACUAGUGGGAAACUCGUCCAUCAUCCUGAUCUCCCACUUCUCCCACAUGCUGACCUCUGGCAUCACCUAUUAAGGAAAUUACCUCUGUGACAGCAUUUUCAACAGUUAAAUGCAAAAAACAAAACAAUUCAUAAAAGCUUAAUAGUUACAUGUUUUUAAACUAUAAUUUGUUUACAAGCAUGAUAGCUGUACUUUUAGUUGAUGGUUUACGCAGCUCGUUGGCCAUUAGCCAAUCAGCGUUUCUAAACUAGUUCAAAGCGCGUGAAUGGUAAAUUCCCACCUCCAUCUUGGUUAUGAAGGCAGCAUCAGCUGUGGUAUACUGGCCACAUACCACACCCUCUUGGGCUUUAUUGCUUAAAUAUUAUACUGUACAUGCCUUAAACAUUACUAUGCCUAAUAUAUGAGCCGCUUAUUAUUUUUUUCUUUAACCAAUCAAUAUUAACAAUGCUAUUUGACCUUUAUUUUGUCAGAAAAUGGUGUAUUGUUGUGACAAUAAUGACCUUUUGUGCAAGAAACUAAUAAAAAUGAAUAGAUAAAG